GUCUUCGUGUUAUUCAAUGCAGAAGUUUUGUUAGAUAAUAGUAGGUGCAUCUAGCCCUCAGUGCCACUCUUGCAACCUCAAUAAUUUAGUGAGAAUGACGUUCACAGUUCUGCCCGUGGUCUGUGAAGAGUAUUGAUUCUCUUCGCUCAAGUACCGAACCCUAGGCUUGCUGCCUCAAGGUUACGUGUGCGUUAAGGCGAAAUUGCGACGGCCCCAGUAAUUUCAGCCUAUAAAAUACUUGUAUGUUAUGGCUUUACAUCCAAUUCACUGCAACAAGUUCCUUAAUGUUCACUUCCCGCUUCGCUAUCCUUACGCUGCUCACCUUCCUCGCUGGUGCCAACGCAGGAUGUGCAACAUGCAAUCGCACCUUGGAAGUCGGUACGACAAACUACCGGUUAGUCAACAGCACCCUGCAGUCCGCCAAGGGGUACAUUUGCACCUACGAGGAUGACGCGGGUGAUGUGGCCACCUGCGAAUACUAUGUGAACGGCGGCUAUUAUAUGGAUGGGGGCAACUUGUGUCAGCAUGCGUCAUCGUUAUGUGAAGUGCUUAGUGCGCGGGGACUAACGAGAGAGUAAUACUGGCAGCUAUAUGUUGGAGUCUGCCUGAUAUAUGAUACCCUUUUUUCGGUUGUAGUAUGAUAUUGUAGUAUUUGAAUAGUUUAGAGUGACUGUCAUCGGGAAGGGUUAUUGAUGCUAAACAGAUCCAGAAUCUCCAAGGGAGCUCCCCUGAUUCAACGUG